GCGUCGUUCUGUUCUCCGAUACAGCGCCACUGUUAGUUCUGGGCCUGUAGAAUUUUACUUGGUUUUUCUUUAUUUGUCACGUCGACAAUUCCAUGUCUAGCCCAUUUAAAGAGCCCAGUAUAAUUAUCCUCUAGCCCACUUAGAGCUUUAAGGUCUAUCCGGCCCAAACUCAACGGGCGUCUUCCCCGUAGUACCGUACUACCGUAGCAGCAAAGUAGCCGCGUCAAGAAAAAGAAAAGAGGAGAAGCUGCCGAGUCAUUCCUUCGGAUCCAAGCCUCCUUCCGGCAGCUCUUUCCCCAGCUGUCUUCCCCUCCUCCUCCGAAGUCCAAACCCCCUCUCUCCUCCCUGCUUCUUAAAGCUUCGAGUCAGAAUCCCCUCCUCCACACUCUGAAGUCUCCCCGCGACGGAAGGCAGCUUCUUCUUCCCUUAUUCAUCCGCUUCCCAAUCGCCGGAUCCCGGAAUACCUCCGGAACCAACCAGGACCAGGACCCCUCGGACCUCAUGUCAACAAGCAAUCUGAGGCGGCGGCUCCAUCAUGCAGAUGUCGAUGGAAGGAAGAAUGAACAUGUUGACAUAUCCCAUGUAGAUUCCCUCGAUGAACCUCUAUUAGGGAAUUCUAGCUAUGACAACGGUGGAUCAGAGGUAUAUGACCCCAGAAGGCAAGAUUUGUGGGAUGAAGAUAGAAAGAAGGAACAACUACACUGGUCAUUCCUUUUCUCAAGUUUGAUUGCGCAAUGGGCACAGUGGUUAGCCAAUAUUAUUGUAAGCUCGGGGUCAAUUUUGGGCAGACUGUUCCCCUUUGCGUCAGAUAACCAAACCAGUGAUCCAGUAUAUCUUAGUCCUUUGCAGGAAGAAAGAUUGGAUAAUUUAAGACGCAGGUUGAAAAUCCCUUUUGACGGCUCCCGUAUUGAGCACCAAGACGCUUUGAGACAACUUUGGAAGUUAGCUUACCCAAGUCGUGAGAUCCCUCCGCUAAAAUCAGAACUAUGGAAGGAGAUGGGUUGGCAAGGCACUGAUCCAUCAACUGAUUUCAGGGGUGGUGGAUUCAUAUCGCUGGAGAACCUCAUCUUUUUCGCUAGGACCUACCCUGGUUCCUUUCAGAUGCUUCUCAAUAAAGUACAAGGGCAGAGAGCAGAUUGGGAGUACCCUUUUGCAGUUGCUGGUAUCAACAUUUCAUUCAUGCUGAUACAGAUGUUGGAUCUACAAUCAAACGUUCCAUCUUCAAAGUCAGGAAUUCGUUUCCUGGAACUACUAGGACGAGAUGAGAAUGCAUUUGAUCACCUGUACUGCAUAGCCUUCCGGAUGCUUGAUGCUCAGUGGCUUGUAAAACGUGCAUCUUAUAUGGAGUUCAAUGAGGUGAUGAAAUCCACGAGAACUCAGUUGGAGCGUGAGCUAGUUUUAGAGGAUGUACUGGCGGUGAAGGACCUGCCAUCUUACACAAUGCUGGACAAGUAAUAUUUACCUGUUGCAUUUGGCUGCCGGGAGAUUAUAUAUCUGACCAUGAUGGUGGGAACGGGAUGGUUCGUCAUGGUAAAUGGUAGCAUGGCCCUUUGUCGUGGCUAUUGUGUUGCACUAGGGAGUAUUAUUUAACUUUACCGAGAGGAAAAUGUGAAGCGUUGUAAUGUGUACAUGGCUGUUACUUUCUGCAGCUUCCAGACCUGUGAACGCAAGGGAAUAAAGCAACUGAUUUGCCAUCA